AUGAGUAAACACCAGCAUGAACCUCCUUAUGAAAUUGAGAACCAGUUUAUAUGGCGUCUGCCUCCGGAACAUGCUGCUACUGUCAGAGAAAUUAUACGAUCCGGAAGUGUCGCCAUGAAAGAUAAACUAAAAAUUGACUUGUCUUCUGAUGGACGUCAUGCAGCUGUUGAGGUGAAAGAUGUCUCACUAACUGCUAAGGUGGUUGACUUGCCUUGCGUUAUUGAAAGUCUGAAGACUCUUGACAAUAAAAUGUUUUAUAAAACAGCAGAUAUUUCCCAGAUGCUUGUGUGCACUGCUGAUGGUGGUCUCCACUCUUCUCCGGAAGAAGAAGUUACCUCUACUGAUCUUAAAGUAAUCAAGAAAAAGGAAAAGGGGAGACGGAAAAAAUAUGCCUGGAAGCAUGGCAUUACUCCACCACUUAAGAAUGUCAGAAAGAAAAGGUUCCACAAAACAAGAAGAAAGCUGGUUGAUUUCAAACAAGUCGAAGAAGUCAGCUUUACUGAAUGCUCUGACUCUCCUGAUUCAGAAAAGGAAGUGAAAAGACUGCUGUGCUCUGAUGCUGAAGCUGUCAGUGUCCGAUGGGAAGUAAUUGCUGAAGGUGAAACCAAGGAAAUCGAAAGUAAAGGCUCUGUUCCAAGCUUUGAGAUGUCCCCCGGAACAAGUGGCUAUAAGCGGGGUGAUAGCUCACCAGAAUAUCAUAUGCUUCGGAGGAUACUCAAUGAUUCUAGCAAUAGCAGUGAUGAGGAGGAGGAAAAGGAUAAGUACCAGGACGAGGACGAGGACGAGGAGGAGGAGGAGGAGGAAGAGGAGGAGGAAGAGGAGUAUUAUGAAGAGAAUAUGCAAAGGGAGCUACAGGCCAAGUUGAUUGAAUUUGGCCAGUGUAAGACAAAGGAAGGAAUCAGUUUAAUAGUUGUAGAAAUUCGGAAGCAUAUUCAUUACAUGGAGAAAAAGAUCCAAGAGAUUCAGUGCAGAGAACAAAGACAAAAGAAUCUCAUCAAGAAAGUGGAAAACCUGACGCUGAAGAAUCAUUUAUACUCUGUGCUGGAGCAGCUUGAGUUACAGAAAAAACAAAAAAAUGAGCAGAUAAUUUCCCUACAGGAAAAACUGAAAUUUUUUCUGGAGAAGUGA